AUGAGGCUAUCGUCAGUUUCAGCUCUGGUUUUGAGCGGCUUCGCUCUCAGUCAACCAACCACGAGCGGACAUGCAGUUCACGAGUCUGUAAAACAGCUGCCCAAAGGUUGGCGGCACGUUGCUCCGGCCGACAACUUCAACACGAUACAACUUUCGGUCGCGUUGAAGCAGCCCGGCUUGUCAGAACUCAAGGCGCGUCUCGAGGUUACUAGCGACCCGAGCCAUCCCGAAUAUGGCGCCCACGUCUCUCGCGAUCUCUUGAGGAUGUUCCAAGAGCCAGACGCCGAAUCUUACACUAUUGUCGCGACUUGGCUUUCCGCUCACGGCAUCCGCGACUUCGUCCAAGACGGCCCUUGGGUCCGCAUGAAGACUACUGUCGGUAAAGCGAACCGCUUGUUGGGCUGCAAGUUCUCCAAGUACCAAUACAGGAGCGAGGAGAUCGUUUUGAGGGCCGAGGAGUACGCUCUCCCGAGCGAGGUGUCAGAGGUUGUUGACUUUGUCUUCCCGGUUACUCAGUUCGUUAGCAAGCCGCCUAGACCACAGAUCAAGGCGAGAGAGUUGGGUAAAGUGAAGCGACAGAGCACGAUGCCUCAAAGCUGCUGGGACUACACUACCCCCGACUGUAUCGUGGAUCUGUACAACAUCAACUACAGCCCACCGGACGGUCCAUCACCCACGGACUUUGGCAUCGCCGGCUUCCUGGAGCAGUACCCCAGCGUCCCGACCCUGCAAGCCUUCCUGGCGUCAUACAGCCCGCGCCGGAACGACACCGCCUAUUCGUCAAAGUACAAUCUCACCGUGGUAUCCAUCAACGGCGGCGGUAACACCACCGAAGGCAACGGAGUCGAGGCUCUCCUGGACAUGCAGUACAGCAUGCCCUUCAUCCAGCCGAUGAACGUCACCUACUUCUCAACCGGCGGCCGCGGCCCCGACAUCGGACCCGACGGCAAAGAAAAGGACCUCAAAGACAGCAUCCAGGAGCCCUGGAUCGAGUUCCUCGAGGCCCUGCUCGCCCGCGAGACCAUUCCCGACGUCAUCUCCAUCUCGUACACCGACGACGAGCAGACCAUCCCCCAGCCCUACGCCCACCGCGUCUGCGACCUCUUCAUGCAAGUUGCCGCCCGCGGCGUCUCUGUCCUUGUCGCGACGGGCGACGGCGGGGCAGCGGGCGUCGAUUCAGGUGAUUGCAUCUCCAAUGACGGCAAAAACACGACCAAAUUCCUCCCGACGUUCCCCGUCGGCUGCCCCUGGGUCACGGGCGUCGGCGCCACGGGUGACUACGCGCCGACCGAGCCUGCGUGGUACAGCUCCGGCGGCUUCAGCGAGUACUUUGAGCGUCCGGCCUGGCAGGAGUCCGCGGCCAAGGCGUACAUUGCCGGCAUCAACGGGUCUCACGCUGGCUGGUACACGCCCAAUGGGCGUGGUAGCCCGGAUAUCUCGGCCAUCGGGUCCCGUUUCUUGAUCCAGCCUGGGUGGACGCAGAAGGGCACCAGUGCCAGCUUGCCCGUCAUCGCUGCAAUGAUUGCCCUCGCAAACGACAAGCGGAUGAGGGAGGGCAAGCCGGCUCUGGGUUUCCUGAAUCCUCUGCUGUACUCUGACAAGCUUCGCUCCGCGAUCAACGAUGUCACGGGCGGGACCAGUGGAAGUUGUUCUGUUGGAUCCCGGGUUGAAAGUGGAUGGUCUGCCACGGCUGGGUGGGAUCCGGCGACGGGUCUGGGUACUUUAGAUUUUGCCAAGUUUAUCCAGGCACUGGAGUAG